UGUAAUCAAUAAAAGUAUUUAUCAACCUUUCCUCUCCUGGCCGUUCCUGCUGCUCCGCAUCCCGGGCGGGAGAGACGCGGAUAAGCUGAGGCCCGCAGCGCCCCUCGGAGCGGGGGCUCCAGAGUCGGGCAGACCCGCAGCGCCCUCUGAGCAGGCCCGGGGCCGCGGACCGCCCGGUGGCACCGCAGGGACCGGCAGGAACCGGCAGGAACCGGGAGAUUCGGAGCGGUCCGGGCGCCUCCCGGCCCCGCCGCCCUCACCAAACAUGGCGGCCGCAGCGUCGCGCCCGCUCGCCAUGCAAAGCCCGCUGCCCUCAGCAAACAUGGCGGUGCGGACCGCCCCUUCCCCGGCCGGCUUCGCGGGGCCGGAGACCCGCUGGAGACCGGAGUGGAGACCCCAGCCCCGGUCCGCCCGUAAGGAGAGCCGUGCCGAUCCGGGGCUGAGCUGGGCCCGGCCCCGGCAGCGCGGAGCCGGCCGCUCGGCGCGGUCCUGCCCGGCCGCCGCGGUCGCCAUGGCGAUCGGCCCCGCAGCCAACCGCGCGCCGCUUCCGCUGACGUCAGCGCCGACACGUGGAUCCAAGAUGGCGGCGUCGGCGGCGAUGGAAAGGCUGAGAUAUGUGCUGGGCCUGCUGUUGUUGCUGCACAGCACAGACUCGUUCUAUGUACCCGGCGUGGCUCCCAUCAACUUCCACCGCAAUGAUCCCGUAGAAAUAAAGGCUGUGAAGCUGACGAGCUCCCGGACCCAGCUGCCCUACGAGUACUACUCACUGCCCUUCUGCCAGCCCAGCAAGAUCACAUACAAGGCUGAGAACCUCGGUGAGGUUCUUCGUGGGGACCGAAUUGUAAAUACACCUUUCCAGGUUUCCAUGAAUGUGGAGAAGAAGUGUGAAGUUCUGUGCAACUUUCCCAACAAGCCAGUGACUCUGACAGUGGAGCAGAGCAAGCUCAUCGCCGAGCGCAUCAGGGAGGAUUACUAUGUCCACCUCAUUGCUGACAACCUUCCUGUGGCAACACGGCUGGAGUUUUAUUCCAAUCGUGAGGAAGAGGAGAAGAAGAAGGAGAAGGAUGUGCAGUUCGAGCAUGGAUAUAGGCUUGGGUUUAUGGACGGUAACAAGUUCUACCUGCACAACCACCUCUCCUUCAUCCUUUACUACCACAGAGAGGAUGUGGAAGAGAGCCAGGAGCACACCUACAGGGUGGUGCGCUUUGAGGUGAUUCCCCAAAGCAUUAAACUGGAAGACUUGAAGGCUGAUGAGAAGAGCAUGUGCACCCUGCCUGAAGCCACAGGCUCUGCCCCUCAGGAAAUAGAUCCUACUAAAGAGAACCAGUUGCUCUUCACCUACUCUGUGCACUGGGAGGAAAGUGACAUUAAGUGGGCUUCCCGCUGGGACACGUACCUGACCAUGAGUGACGUGCAGAUCCACUGGUUUUCUAUCAUUAACUCGGUUGUGGUCGUCUUUUUCCUUUCAGGGAUUCUCAGCAUGAUCAUCAUCCGGACUCUGCGGAAGGACAUUGCCAACUACAACAAAGAAGAUGACAUUGAAGAUACCAUGGAAGAAUCUGGUUGGAAACUUGUGCAUGGAGAUGUCUUCAGGCCUCCACAGUACCCUAUGAUCCUCAGCUCUCUCCUGGGUUCUGGAAUUCAGCUCUUCUGUAUGAUCCUGAUUGUCAUCUUUGUUGCUAUGCUGGGGAUGCUGUCGCCUUCGAGCCGGGGCGCACUGAUGACAACUGCCUGCUUCCUCUUCAUGUUCAUGGGGGUUUUUGGUGGAUUCUUUGCUGGCCGCUUAUACCGGACUCUGAAAGGCCAUCGAUGGAAGAAGGGAGCCUUUUGUACAGCAACACUGUACCCGGGCGUUGUCUUUGGCAUCUGCUUUGUCCUCAACUGCUUCAUCUGGGGGAAACACUCCUCUGGUGCGGUGCCUUUCCCUACCAUGGUGGCCUUGCUCUGCAUGUGGUUUGGGAUCUCCUUGCCCUUGGUCUACCUGGGUUACUACUUUGGAUUUCGCAAGCAGCCGUAUGACAAUCCUGUACGGACAAAUCAGAUUCCCAGGCAGAUCCCGGAGCAGAGGUGGUAUAUGAACAAAUUUGUGGGGAUCCUCAUGGCUGGUAUUCUGCCUUUCGGAGCCAUGUUCAUUGAACUGUUCUUCAUUUUCAGUGCAAUCUGGGAGAACCAGUUCUAUUACCUUUUUGGCUUCCUCUUCCUGGUAUUUAUAAUUCUGGUGGUAUCCUGCUCCCAGAUCAGCAUUGUCAUGGUGUAUUUCCAGCUCUGUGCUGAGGAUUACCGCUGGUGGUGGAGGACCUUCCUGGUGUCUGGAGGAUCUGCCUUCUACGUGCUGAUCUAUGCUGUCUUCUACUUUGUGAACAAGCUGGAUAUUGUUGAGUUCAUUCCCUCCUUACUGUACUUUGGCUACACUGCCCUCAUGGUCCUGUCCUUCUGGCUCCUGACGGGCACCAUUGGCUUCUACGCAGCCUACAUGUUCGUGAGGAAGAUCUAUGCUGCCGUGAAAAUCGACUGAAGCUGGAAUCCCCCCAGCAGGAAUCAGACACCUCUGAACAUGUGUCCUCCCGGGAGGGACAGGGACAUCUUCUCCCAGCUCUUUUUAAGGAAACAAAAAUCCAGUGGGAGAGUCACAAGAGAAAUAAUUAACUCCUCGAUUUGGAAUGUAACUUUGGCACAUUGUACAUGGAUUCUGGGCUACUUCUGCGGGGAAAAGGGGUCUGUAGAUACCUUACAUUUUAACUUUAUUAUCCUGUUCCAUAUUUGAGGGAGUUUUUUAGCAGAGAAAUAUCCCUCUGUAUAAGUAAACACCCUUUUUGCUAAUCCAUCCUUUUUUUUAUGUUGAUGAUGAGCGGAUUUGAGACAGCAGUGGAAACACUUGUGAAAACGUUUUCUUCCAGCCCCUGGGGUGCUCUAGGAUUCAGGGAGACUCUUCAGACAAAUAUCAGAAUGGGUUUUUCUCCUGCCUUCGUGUCUGCACGGAAGAGGGAGCUUGACUAUGGCAGAAUACCUGGAGCCCAAAGGCUCACCCAGCGGGAGUCCGGCGCGCUCCGAUCACCGAAGUCCCGGCUUCGGCUUGUUUACAAUUUGCUGGAGGUGCCAUUCGGAGCCUGGGAAGUGCAAUUUCACCCUGAGAGAGCUUGAGCAACCUUCAGCAUCGCUUCUCCCUCCCUCCAGCCUCGGACAGCACAGGCUGCUGUGGGAGGGUGGGACUGCCUCUCCUGCAGAAGGCAGGACAAAAGGUGCUGGUGGAAGUGACGUGGUUGUGCUGGAAUACAGGACUGGAAGGAUGCGUGAGGUAACUACCAGAGUUUGUUCUGUCAAUAGUUCUGCUCUGGAUGAGUGAGGAAUCAGGGCAGGCUCCUUCCUGGGAAUGCCACUGGGAUCCUGAAGAGCCUGCAGGAGGUGGCUGUGGUGCCGUGGUGUUAGUGCCAAGUGAUCUGAGGCAGUGUUGGGCCUGAGCUGCCCCAGGGUGGUGCAGGCCAUGCUGAAGGGGCUGGCACAGGCAGGUGGCCCCAUGAGCUGUCCCAUGGCUGGGAGCAGGGCUCUCUCACUGGCCCUAUGCUCUGACUGCCCUUACUGCUCUCUGCUCCUCCUCUGAAAUUCUCUACCUCCAGGGAACAGGAAAAGUGUACACCCCAUAGCUGUAUUUUGUUCUUCUCCACAAAAACCAGUCCACGCUCUCCCGGAUAGCUGAUAUGGGCUCUUCUUUUCCCAUGGCUUGAUGCCUGAAUCAGCCAAUGGGAAGCUCUUUUUAAAAGAGGUUAAAGUUGGGUUGUGGGUUUUUUUUUUUUUUUGGUCACUUCAGUGAUGUUUAUCAGUAAAAAGGUUCCACGUUGCAGUGAAGGCUCCCUUCAUCCCCAGACUCACUGGAUUCAGCCAGGACUACAGGGAAGAGGUUUUUUUAGUGAGAUCUAUGAAAAUUUUUCUUCUUGGAGUAAGAUCUUCCAAUGACCAGCUGCCACAGGUCACAUCAUUCCAACCCAAAAUUGUCCAAAGCCCUCCUUGAUCUCAGGGAGGGUUUUGGGGCCUUUUUAAACCCCAAUUGCCAUAAGUUUCCACCAGGUCCAUGCAAGGGCCUGUGUCCCUUCCCAUUGGCCCUGCCUGUCAUGCCAAAGUCUAAUCAACCAGGAAUCAUGGAUGGAAAAAAGGAGGAGGGGAUGUGUGAGCCAGCUGUGCUGUGGAAUCCUGUGUCAGUUCUGAUUUGAGGUCCCUCUCUGAGAUUUUUGUCGAUUUUUUUUUUUUUUUUUCUGUUCUGCCCCUGCCGCAGUGGAGAGGCUCAGCCAGCAUUGAUUUCUCUCCCUUCCCUGAAGUGUUUUCUCUGUAUUCUUUGUAAUUUUUAAUUAAUGUAUGUAUUCUUUGUGUCCUAUUGUAAAUAAAUCUGCCAUUGUCCUGUCA